GCGAUGCUGAUAGGGCAGAAUUCAACCUCCAUUGGCCAGGCGAUUCUGACAGGGCCGAAUUCAACCUCUAUUGCUCGUCCACAGCUGGAAGCUGGGGAGGCUCGUGGGGUUGUCUGUGUUCGCCCCUCCCAGCUGCAUUUCCUCUCACAGACCCCGCCUGCCUCCGGGGCAGAGAGAGAGAGAGGAGCGAGGCUCCUGGAUCCCAGCGGAGCACAGCCGGCCGCCACCACGCCCUGGCCUCAGCCGACCAAGGAUGACUUCACCAUCCAGCCCUCCAGCUUUCAGACUGGAGACAUCGGAUGGAGAUCAAGAAGAUGGCACUGAGGUGGUCAAAGGAAAGCCUGGGCCGCCCCCAAUGGAGUCGCCAUUCCAGGGCGAAGACCGCAACUUCUCCCCUCAGAUCAAAGUGAAUCUCAAUUACCGAAAGGGACUAAAAGCCAGACAGCAGGACCCCAAUCGCUUUGACCGUGAUCGGCUUUUCAGCAUAGUUUCCCGAGGUGCCUCUGAGGAUCUGGCUGGACUACUUGAGUACCUACGCCGGACCAGCAAGUAUCUCACUGACUCGGAAUAUACAGAGGGCUCCACAGGGAAGACAUGCUUGAUGAAGGCUAUGUUGAACCUUCAGGACGGGGUUAACGCCUGCAUCCUGCCACUGCUUCAGAUUGACCGGGACUCUGGCAAUCCCCAGCCUCUGGUCAAUGCCCAGUGUACAGAUGAGUACUACCGAGGCCACAGUGCCCUGCACAUUGCAAUUGAGAAGCGAAGCCUGCAGUGUGUGAAGCUCCUGGUAGAGAAUGGGGCUAACGUGCAUGCCCGGGCCUGUGGCCAUUUCUUCCAGAAACACCAAGGAACUUGCUUCUAUUUUGGUGAGCUGCCUCUCUCUCUGGCUGCGUGCACCAAACAAUGGGAUGUGGUGACAUACCUCUUGGAGAAUCCAUAUCAGCCAGCUAGCCUGCAGGCGGCCGACUCCCUGGGCAACACAGCCCUGCAUGCUCUGGUGAUGAUCGCAGACAACUCGCCUGAGAACAGUGCUCUGGUGAUCCGCAUGUACGACGGGCUUCUCCAACUGGGGGCCCGCCUGUGCCCCACGGUGCAGCUUGAGGACAUCCGCAACCUGCAGGGCCUCACACCCCUAAAGCUGGCUGCCAAGGAGGGCAAAAUUGAGAUUUUCAGGCAUAUCCUGCAACGGGAGUUUUCAGGACUCUGCCAGCCCCUGUCCCGGAAGUUCACUGAGUGGUGCUAUGGACCUGUGCGGGUGUCGCUGUAUGACCUGGCCUCUGUGGACAGCUGGGAAGAAAACUCAGUGCUGGAGAUCAUUGCCUUUCAUUGUAGGAGUCCGCACCGACACCGUAUGGUGGUUUUGGAGCCACUGAACAAAUUGUUGCAGGCCAAAUGGGAUCUGCUCAUCCCCAGGUUCUUCCUCAACUUCCUGUGUUAUCUUGUCUACAUGCUUAUCUUCACCAUUGUUGCCUACCACCAGCCUGCCCUGGAUAAGCAGGCCCUCUCUCCAAUGAAAGCUACAGCUGGAAACUCCAUGUUGCUGUUUGGCCAUGUUCUGAUUCUGCUUGGGGGGAUCUACCUACUCUUGGGCCAGACGUGGUACUUCUGGCGCCGCCGCCUGUUCAUCUGGAUCUCGUUCAUGGACAGCUACUUUGAAAUCCUCUUCCUGGUCCAGGCCCUGCUCACCGUGCUGUCGCAGGUUCUGUGUUUCGUGAACAAUGAGUGGUACCUGCCCCUGCUUGUGUCCUCCCUGGUGCUGGGCUGGCUGAACCUCCUUUACUAUACACGAGGCUUCCAGCACACAGGCAUCUACAGUGUCAUGAUCCAGAAGGUCAUUCUCCGGGAUUUGCUCCGUUUCCUGUUGGUCUACUUAGUUUUCCUUUUCGGCUUUGCUGUAGCCCUGGUGAGCCUGAGCCGGGAGGCCCAGAUCACGGGAGUCCCUACAGGUGACAAUGCCACAGAGGCGGCCCAGCUCAGCGCAGGACAAGAGGAGGAAACCCCGUACAGGGGUAUCCUGGAUGCCUCACUGGAGCUCUUCAAGUUCACCAUCGGCAUGGGCGAGCUGGCCUUCCAGGAGCAGCUGCGCUUCCGUGGGGUGGUGCUGCUGCUGCUGCUGGCUUACGUGCUUCUCACCUACGUGCUGCUGCUCAACAUGCUCAUUGCCCUCAUGAGCGAGACUGUCAACAGCGUGGCCACAGACAGCUGGAGCAUCUGGAAGCUGCAGAAAGCCAUUUCUGUCUUGGAGAUGGAGAAUGGCUAUUGGUGGUGCAGGAGGAAAAAGCAGCGGGCAGGUGUGAUGCUGACGGUCGGCACCCGGCCUGAUGGUAGCCCAGACCAGCGCUGGUGCUUCAGGGUGGAGGAAGUGAACUGGGCUUCGUGGGAGCAAACACUGGCCACCGUGUGUGAAGAACCAUCAGGGGCAGGCAUCUCUGGCUCUUCGAAGAACCCCAUUUCAUCCUCUCAGCCUGUGGAGGAUCAGGAUCGUGACUCAGAGAAAGAUCAUCUGCCCCUCCAAGUACUCCAGUCCCACUGAUGAACCAGAUGUAGUAGAAAGCCAGCAGUGUAGAACGGACAAUCCUCCUAGUUAUACCUGCCAGCUCUCGGGCUCUUGAAUUUUGGUUGUAAAUAUAAAUAUAUAUAUAUAUA